AAAGAAUCGGAGGAAGGAACACUAAUUUUGUUUUUGUCUCAGAAAGGAUGUUAUCUAUAAUCUUAUAUAUCUAUGGUUUACGAAGGCAAACGGCGAUAAAACACAAAACUCUCCAUUUUUUCAAUAUAUUUCUAAGGUGUUUGAGCAAAAUAAACAGAAGUGAUGGCUAAGAGAAGAACUAUUAAUCGAUCGUCCAAACGAUUUUCCAAGAAUAAAUCUAAUUCUUCCAUCAACUCUGGAUUUCUCGAUCCGGACACAAGCAUUAUGUCUGAAGAGCAAACACAUUGGUGGAAGAACUUGGAUGAAAAUAUGUCUUCGUCGCCUUCCUUAAUACAUAAUAAUAGAAAUGAAACAACUCAACAACUGAAUCUUAAUUCCGAAUUAGAGUCUAACCACAACACAUCACAAUGGUGGAAAUAUUUGGAAUCCCCUAAUAGUAGAAGCAAUACUUCAAGAAGAUCGAAACCAAACUUAAGUGCAGCAAUAAAUACAGCUAAUAUUUUAGAAACUUCAACAUCUGAAUCAGAAAAGGAACUCAGUUUGAGAAAGAGAAAAGUUCCAUUAAAAGUAGCAAGCAGAAAAAGUGAUAAUAAGGCUUUUUUGAAUGCUUUAAAUGAUACUGAAGUAGCUAUUCCAAUAAAAUGGCGACUGAAACAAACACAGCAUUCCAAUUUGGAUAACAAUUUGGAUAAAGAAAUCUCGAAAAAGAAAUUAGAUGAAAAUAAAAAAGAUGAUUCAAAUUUAAGUUCAAGUCCGAGUUCAAAUAUUUUGAAAUUAAAGCCACAUAUUUUUAAGAGAAGAAAAGGCAGAGAGACAAGUAGUGAAAAUCCCUUUCAGGAUAUAGUAAAAGAAGAUGAUAGUUUAAAGAGGAGAAAAUCUAUCACGUUUGAAAAAGAAUCCUCAAAACAUUCAAUACAUCAAAAUAUUAAUACAAAUAAAGAUCAGAUCGAUGAUCAAAGGAAAAUAAUACAAGUGUCACAAACAUUACCACUGGAGAAUAAUGAAGCUGGACCUUCAAAUUUAUCAACUUCAAAUACAAUAUUUGAAAAUAAUGUUGCAUUUGAUAUUAAUAAGACUGUUGAAACUAGUGAUGAAAGUGAUUUUGAAAUUAGCAAACAUAAACGUUUUAAAUUUAAAUCUCAUCUUAUGCAACGUGCGCGAAGAAGCAUGAGUAAUGAUCCUUUUAAAGAUGCUCUUGUGGAAAAUAGGGAUAUAACUUCAUCUAAACAUAAUGAGGAUAAGGAGAUUGUUAUUGAUGGUGCAAAAUCUCCAUUAAAAACUCCAACAAAAUUAUUAAGCAGUCCUUCUAAAAAAAUUGUUAAUAGAUCUAGGGGAAAGACUGAUGUCACACAUGAAAACGUGAUUGCAAGUUCACCUAUUCGUAGAAGUCCAAGAUCUUUAAAAACGACUAAGAAACAUUUGUUAGAUACCACAAAACAAGUCGAAGAAAAUGUUGAACAAAAUACAAGUUCAUCUUUAGACAGUAAUGAAUUUCAUUUUAAAAGGCCUACACAUUUGAAGCUAAAAUCAAAAAUUCCAGUCUUACAUAAAAAGAGCCUGACUAAUCCAUUCAAAGAGAUCCUUAAGGAGAAUGGCAAUGCAAGACAGAGUAAUAUUGCUAUGUCACCUGAAGAUAAUCACAUUUCUGUUGAGCAAGAUCAAAUUAUAGCAGAAAUUAGUCAAGAACAUGAACAGAUAAUGGAGGAAAAUUAUUCACGAUCAAAAACGGGAAGUGUAAGUGUAAGUAAGGUUUUUGAUACAUCUCUUAAAAUAUUAUCGAAUAGUGGAAAAAAUGUAUCAGAAAAUUUUAAUGUGCAAUCCAAUAGACUCUCAGAAAAUGAUGAUAUCAUGAAUGUAUCAAAAUCUAAUUCACAGAGAAACGUAAUAAUUGAAGACAGAUCUAAAGACAGAUCUAACAAAUCAUCAAAGAAACGAUUUUCGUUUAGUCGCAAGUCUAUAAGAGACAUAUCUGAAAUUUCGAAGGAUCAUACAAAUGCAAUAUCGCCCGCUAAUAGAACAAAUACUAAUGAGAUAGAAGCAUGUAAAAUUAUAAGUGAUUACAAAUCUUUUAUAGCAAAAGAUGCAUCAUCCAUAUUGAAUGUUCAAAACUUACUAACUUCGCAAGUUGCCAAAAAUUUUGAGAAUAUUAAGGUGGAAGUGGACAGAUUAAAGAUUCGUGAAAUGACUGCAAUGAAAAUGGCUGUCGAAAAAAAAGAAUCUGCAUUAAAAACGACAACUGUAAAACUCUUUGGUGCUACACGUAAACAAUCUAUGAAGAAGAACAUUUCUCCAAAAGUAGUGGAUAAAGCAUACCUGGUAAAUGGAAAAGUGUAUAAACCACCAAGACUUCCUCGUCCAAAACAUUGGGCUACGGAUCAUCUUUACAAGUUCUUGUGGAAACGCAUGGAGCCAAAAUAUCAAUUGUCGACUAGAGUGAGAUCCGAGAAAUUCGUGGUAUUAUUAUCCAAGAUAGUAUCUAUCAUAACGCGCCGUAAAAAAUAUGAGAAUUACAAACUUGAAUUAGAUGCGCUGAUGAAGGAGAUGGCACGUUUAAAUAUCAUCAAUACGCGUAAUGAUUUUCAUCAUUUCUGUCAGGAUUUUUUGCCGUAUGAAUUUCGCAUUAAAGUCAUUCCUAUGUUAUUGCCUGGCAAUAAGCAAAAUAUUCCUUUCGAGCUAGAAAAAUUGCACAUUCCCUUACUUGAGGAAACCUAAGAUUUGAAGUAUUUUUUGUUUAAGCUCUUAAUGUUUAUAUAUGUUGCAUAAAAUUGUAUCGAUUAUUAUAUAUAAUUAAUCCAUAUAAAAUAAUAUUAUAUAGAAUAGAUAAACGAUAAUAUAUUUUUGAUAAAUUUAAAAUAAAAUCUAGAAUAUAUAAAAAUAAAAAAAUAUUUGCUUUCUCAGUUUUAUUAUUUAAAAGAGUUAUAUAAUAUAAAAAGAGAAUUACUCUCAAAUGAUCGAUUUACGUUUUAAAUAGGAUGAAAAAACAUGCGCGAAAGAUAUCAUUAAAAAAUAACACAAGUUUUGCAUAUAAAUUAUAUCGUUGAAUAAACAUGGAUACUAUUAUUUAUAAUAUUAUAUAUGUACAUAUAAUAUCAUUAUUUUUGCAUUUUUAGUCAAAAAAUAGAAAAAUUACAAACAACAGUAGAAGACGGACUUUCUUCGUUUAAAUAAGUCCGUUGAUUAAAAUAUUUAUAUAAUAUAUUGCAGGAAUCUUAUAUAAAUACACAAUUCUCUUUUAUGUUUGUAUAUAUAUCUUGAAUUUAUAUCUCGUAUGUCAUUUUGAUUGUGUAUAAGUGUUAUACGCGUUAAAUAUUAAUAACUAUCAUAUGUGCGAAUGGACGGGCCGGAAAUUAUUUGUACAUCGCGCGAACAGCCAAUAUUUGCGCUCUCGCUGUCUCUGUUGGCGCCCCAUUUGGCAUGCGUCCCUUGGACACGUGUGACGUUCGAUACGCACCAUUCCCACGCCUUCGAGAGAUACUAGCAUUUCCAUUUUAGGCACUUUAAGCGAUCCGAUAUGUGUAUAUCGCGUGUUUAUUUACUUAUUCCGGUUAACGUGCGUAUGUCGUGGCUACAUUAUAUAUAAAUAUAUUGUGAUCUCUGCGGAGUUAUAAAUAUCAUCCUAAUCGUUGGCUUUGUACGAUAAUCUUUUUUCGCACGAGCAAACAAUUCUUGUUUUUUCCUCGGCGUUCACAACAAAAAUUAUUCAUAUGUUACUUUACGAAUAUGGAUGAGAUAACAUUAAGCGAAUUGUCGAUUGAUAUAUAAGAGUUAUCAUAAAAUCUUUUUUUCUUUCUUAAAAUUGGGAUAAUUUAUUAAAAUAAAGUGUGUAAAAUAAUUCAAAUAAUUAUUACAGCUUUUCCGAAAUAGCGAUUGAUAAAUAUACGAAUCAUGUUAUAAAAAUAAACACUUUUG